GUAUUACGCUUAGUCUAGGCUUGCUCCCUCUGACUGCACCAUUCUAUCCGGCUCCCCUCAGCAUUCUUCUCAUCUCUUGACCUUCGCCCCUUACGAUGCCCAGAGUUCCCUCAGAGAAGCAACUGAAGCUCAGCUUGUUCAGAACUGAUACAAAGCUCCUACUGUCCAUAUUUGUCUGAGAUACUCCAGCCACUGACUGUCACAUCCGUUUUCAGAGUUUCCAAAAGGGGAGACGAGACUGCGAGGUUUAUUUCAGUAACAACACCGAAGAGGUCUGCUCCAUACCUGGGACACAGGCUCACAACCAACAGUCUAAUUUUACUGCCAAUUUGUAGAGCUCUGACAGCCAGAAAACAGACGACAUCCCUCAACCAUGUCCAGCAUUCAUAUUUACCCCAAGCGCGAGAAAUACAGAGUGCAUCUGCCAUCCUUCACUGCCUUUCCAAAAGAGAGGAAAUCUCCAACAACAGAAGCCACCAUGAGUUUGAAAAAACUAAAGUUCUUUAAGAUUAAGGGCUUCGGCAGUUUAACUAACAUCCCACGCAAUCUGUCACUACGACGAUCUUCAAGCAGUGCGCUUGAUGAGAAGAAGAAACAAUUGGAAGAGUACCACCUGGGCCUCCAGAUUCACCAGGAGGUAGGACAGGAAACAGUAGAUGAUUUGGAAACUAUGCCACGGAGCCCCAGCUAUGCUCAUUCAAGUGAAAUGUACACCUGCAUUGGCACAAUGCCACGCCGAAACUCGAACAGGGUGCAGAAACCAAUCAAAAGUUCCAGUACUUCAGACGCGCAGGCAGGAGGGAGGAGCAGACUGGGACCACUGCCACCAGUGCCAAACAGUGAUCAAACUGAGGCAUCAAAGAAGGGUCCUGCGCUACCUGAGUCAUACAAAGAAGUCAAACCAGCUCAGGGGUAUCCGAGUCCUAGUUGUUCACAGCCUGUGUUCUCUGACUCGAAUGCAGCAAUGUCAAAUUCCACCAAACCUUCAACCAAAUCAGACACAGCUCAGAAUAAAAGUGACAGAUCUAUACCGGUUGAAUCACAAGUCACGGAUAUCCAAAGAGGACUGAGUGAGGCAGAAAAUGCCAAUGGUCAAACGAAAGCACUUUCUCCUAAAGAUGGCACAGGAGAGUUUCAUUCAGCAGAAGUCAACAGCGUUGAUAGCAAGAGUGAACUGAUCGUUGACAGUAACUUACAGAACGUGGAUUCCAAGUCGGAAUAUGUCAAGUUUUCAAAAGACAAAUACAUCCUGGAUUCCAGCCCUGAGAAACUGCACAAGGAGUUAGAGGAGGAGCUGAAACUAAGUACCACAGACCUGCGGAGUCACACCUGGUAUCAUGGACGCAUCCCACGGGAGGUUUCUGAGAACCUGGUACAGAAGAAUGGAGAUUUCCUCAUUCGCGACUCACUCACCUGCGUUGGUGAUUAUGUGCUGACCUGCCGAUGGAAAAAUGAACCCCUGCAUUUCAAAAUCAACAAGGUGAUGAUCAAACCUAAUGAGGCCUACACCCGCAUCCAGUACCUGUUUGAGAGGGAGAGUUUUGACAACAUCCCUGCUCUGGUCAGGUUUUACAUUGGGAACCGCAAACCGGUCUCUGAACAGAGUGGUGCCAUCAUCUGCACUCCAAUCAACCGCACCCUCCCUCUCCGUUACCUGGAGGCCAGCUACGGACUGUCCAAUGGGAAACACAGCCUGACCCAUCCACCAACCAACCAGAAAGGUGGAUACAUCAAGAGACGCAGUGUGACUAUGACGGACGGCUUGACAUCUGACAAGAUUAUCCGCAAUGACAGCAGUGGAAACAGUAUUCCAUCACCACAUCACAAGGAAACAAUUCGGAACUUUGCUCUCAGUAUGGACCAAAUCAAGGAUAUUCACCAUGGAAUGUCUCCAGUGAACGAGAUUCCUCUGUCUCCAGAAUACAGCACAAGUUUGAAGCACAAAAGCCAGCUAGGCCGAGUGGCAAGGAUGAUGCCAUCGUCGCCAGUUAUGCAUCGUUCUAGUGAGCCACAGCUUAGCCCAUCCAUGGGCAACAAACUGUGUCAGGACUCUAACAGGGGAGGCCCCUCGAAAACCUCAAGUGGGCCUCACUGUAAUAGCACACACUCGACCCCAUUGCAUGGCUCCGCACAGUCAGCCCAAAGGAAGGCCUUGGAUAAUUUCAGAGAAGCAGAACACACCCACUACUGUGAGCUACGACCCUCAUCCCCCCUUGAUUGGGAGAGGCAGCAGCUAGAACUGAACCUCAAGCAAAGUCAACUGAUGGCAAAAAGCUACGUAGAACGGUUGAAGGUUGAGGAAAAUCCCAACAUCUCCACCUGGCAGUCUGAGACGAACUUUGGGAUCAUGGAGACGGAAAAACUCCUUAGUCCGAUGCCGGCUUUCACAGAAGAGGAGGAGGUGCUGCAGUUCACAGCCCCAGUCAUUGAAAUGGUGUCAGCCUUUAAGCCAAAUGCAUACCAGUCGAUACUUAUUCCCUCGGAGAAUAAGCCACUCGAGAUGACAGUGCUGAAGAAAGUCAAGGAGUUGUUGGCUGAGGAGGAUCCAAAAACCACAGCCAAGCACAUCACAAAAGUAGAUUGCACGGUUGCUAGGAUACUGGCUGUUUCUAAGGAACUGCAGAAGCAGAUGGGAGUGAGCUCAGGCCUGGAGUUACUCACUCUUCCCCAUGGGCACCAGCUCCGACUCGACUUAUUGGAACGGUUUAAUACCAUGUCAAUCAUGAUGGCAGUGGAUAUCCUGGGGUGUACUGGCAGCACUGAGGAGCGGGCAGCUCUCCUGCACAAAACUAUACAGCUGGCUGCAGAACUGAAGAGCAAUAUGGGAAAUAUGUUUGGCUUUGCGGCUGUGAUGAAAGCUUUAGAAAUGCCUCAGAUCUCACGGCUUGAGCAGACAUGGAUGAUUCUUCGACAACGACACACUGAGGGAGCAAUUCUCUAUGAGAAGAAACUGAAGCCCUUCAUGAAAAAUAUGAAUGAAGGAAGAGAAAUACCCCCGCUGACCAACACAACCUUUCCUCAUGUGGUUCCCCUCAUCACUUUGCUUGAACGUAAUGUGGUGAAUGCUGACAACGUGGAGGCUUGGGAGAUCAGUGAAAGUGGCGUGGAGGUAGUUAUGUCACAUCUGGAAGCUGCAAGGACGAUUGCACAUCAUGGAGGCCUGUACAGAACAAAUGCUGAACUGAAAUUACAAGGAUUUCAGGAAAAUGAAAAAAUUCUUGAAAUCUUCAAAACUGAGUUCCAGAUGCGGUUGCUGUGGGGGAGCCGAGGAGCAGAAGGCAACCAAGUUGAGCGAUAUGAAAAAUUUGAGAAGGUCCUGAGUGCACUUUCAAACAAAUUGGAACCUCCAGUCCGUCACAGUGAAUUGUAGCUUGGAAGGAGAAACAUAAUUCACAAAGGCUCUUAAAAAGCAGUAUGAAUUUGGUUAAAGGGAACAAUCACUGGAGAGGAACUUCCUCAUUUCAAAUUUUCCUUUUAUUUAAAUUUAAUGUUUUAAAAGAGUUGACUGUGUGAUUGACAGAGCACUAUUUGUUAAUGCUACGAGUGAUUUGUCACGGCUAUGCAUGGAAUCACAAAGAAACAGGAAGUGGUGGAAAUGGCAGUUUUUUUUAGCUAAUACUAAGUAUUUCUGAAUCAUUCUCGAGGUAAAGGAGUUUUAAAAAUUCCAUGAGCCAGCUGAUGAAGUCAGCAGCCAACUUUGUACAGAGCUGAAACAUUCACAAAAAUCCAUCAUUCGAUCCUUGGUCUGUAUCGAAUUAGAUCACCUUACCAAGGGAGCAUCGAGUGACUGACUACAAAAAUUACAAAUAAUCUUUAUUUUAAGCACAGCCAACAAAAAUUAGCUGUGAUCAUUAUCCAGUGAUAAAUCUCAAAAAGUGGAUCAUCAGACAAGAUUGGGGUUGACCAUGGUUAGUGGAGGGAAAUAAACUUGAAAGUGCCAUGCAUGUGGGGAGUGGUUGCAAUGGAUUGCUGUACAGAGAGCCAGCAUAUAUUUGGCAGGCUGCAUGACUUUCUUUUGUGCCGUUAUGACUUAAGAUGCCCUGAUGCCUUUAAGAGUUGAAUAGGCUGUCAAUUUACAGCCUCCAUACUUGUGCAUGAACGACUCUAAUGUAGGCGAGUUCAGCUGGCACCUGUGGAACUGCACCCUGGGAAAAGCCUCAGGCAGAGGGAAAGAAACUGAGGUUGGGUGAAAUGAAAGCUUCUAUCAGUAGCAGUGAUUUGAAAAUGAUUCCCAAUUAAAGAACUCCAAAACAUGACCAUACACAAGGUGAUUAGCACUUUUUUCAGAAAGAAACUAACCAAAAAAUCAUGUCCAAUAGACAACAACAUGCGUUUAACUACUGCAUUUAAUGUAGAAAAAUGUUACUUGUGAAAGUGAAAGAAAUUUCUUUAGCAACAUGAACAUUAACUCAAUGUUGAGUUUCCUAGGCUUGAGGAGAUAUCAUGAAAAUCAAAGAAAUUAUUAAAAUAAGAGACAGAUCAGUAUUCCUACUUAGUCAGACAAAGGGGGAAAUUAGUGAGUUUCUGUUUGGAUUGCUAUUCUUGAUGUGACAAUGUCUGGCAGUCUCAUUGUAAAGUUAUUGUACAGUAAAGUUUUAUUUCUCCACUCUAAAAUAACAUAAGGUUAAAGCAUCAAGUUUAAGAGGGUCAUUUUUGUUUAACACGUCCUCACCACUGUACUGGUGGGCAGGAUUCUACAUUGAUCACCAAGCCCUGUGGUUUGUUGCUUAAGAAGUGGCACCAUAAACAUCAUGAGCAGAUGUCAAUGAGCCUGAGGUGGAUCAUCUAUGGGAGUGUUCUUUGGAGACAGGAAAUGUAGGUAGAGAAUACCAUUACUGACUGCAUGGUGAAGGCAACCCAGAAGGACAGAGUAUAUACAUCCAAGCCAAGUGGCUUACUGAACAAUACCAAAUUAUCUAGCUAGGAACCUGUCAAACAUUCCACUCCUCACACUACCCAGUGACCUUUUCAUGAAGUAAGGCUAGGUUUGGUUGCAGAACAAGAUGCUACCCAUUUCAAUGAUCUGUUUGGCCCUCUUUAUCUGAGUUUAUUGGGUUGAAGUGUCACAAAUGAAGGGAAACGUAUGGAACUGUACCCUAGCACAGGACAAAAAACUUGGGAAGGGGGAAAAUUCAGUAACUGUUCUUUUGAUCGCUUUCUACAUGGAAACUAACCUUCCCCAGAGACUCAAAUCAUUCCUGCACAUCAAACUAUCUCAAACUGAGGAACUAUGAAAUCACUAGGGACUCAUAAUUUACCUUGGAAUGGAUAAAACAAAUGCAAAAUUGGAGUUACAAGAAACUAUUACAGGUGCAUUUGGAGAUAUUAACUAUUAUAAUACAAGUACACAAGGAAACAUGCUAUAUAUUGUAAAGCUAAAACUAAUGAACCACAUGCAGACCCUGAGUACUGGUCUCAGUUACAUAACAUUUACUGUAUUUCCAGGGUUGGGCUUUUGGAAUGGACAGUGUUUCUGAGACAGCUGUUGUUGAAACUAUAGCCUUUCCCAAUUCAUACGCACCAAAAUAAAUACAUAAAGUUAUACACUUCGACAUCUAUCAAGUGGAGUGGCACAACAAAAAAUGAUUUAAAAUACAAAGAUGCAAGGUUUUUAAACCUACAUUUUAUGUAAAUGACACCAAUUCUGCACCAAUUCUUCAAUUCCCAAAGCAUGAGUGCACUUCACAGGCACUCAGAAUCCAAAUGAUAUUGCAUUUUAGUCUUUUAGCUCAUUCUACAUGAACCCACAACCCUUCAGUGUUCUAUUCUUCUGCUUUGCAAUUAUGGCACAGUGUAAAUACCAAGAGAUGUACAUAUAAAUUCUAUGUCCUUGCAUAAAAAACAAAGCCCUGUUGGAUGUAGAGUAUAAUCCUGGAUGUUGAUGAAUGUAUUAAUUUGUAUUAAUAGAUUUGUGUAAGGCAAAAUAAGUAAUUGUGUGUGAUUUUGGGAAUUCAAUUGUGCAAAUGAAGUAAUUUUUUUAAUGUACAUGUGAAUUAAAAAUUAUAGAAAGAAACAUUUCACAAAAAUAUAAGGAAAAAAAUCUGGCUUACAAUUUUGAUGUGAAUAAUAUGUUGUUUAAAAAUGAUAAAAACUCAUGUAAUAUUCCAGUGGGUUAACAUUCUGGUGAAUUGACCAUAGAACAUCUGUGAAUUUACACUUUACUGUGAGAGCCAGUCUACAGGGGAGGAGCAAUAAAAAUACAGGAUCAUUAA